GUAGCUCCGUGCACUCAACCAAACAAAACCAAUAAUUUAUAUAAAUAUAUAUAUAUCUCCUCUGCCGUUAUGGGUGCCCUAAAUGUAGAACCAGCCCUAUACUGCCACGUGGUGGCACUGCCUUAUCCCGGCAGAGGCCAUAUCAACCCGAUAAUGAACCUUUGCAAACAGCUAGUGUCGAGGAAAGACGACAUUAUCAUCACCUUCGUGGUGACGGAAGAGUGGCUGGGCUUGAUCGGUUCGGAGCCGAAGCCGGACAACAUCCGGUUCGGCACUAUUCCGAAUGUGAUACCCUCCGAGCGUGAUCGAGCGAAGGACUUCCCUGGCUUUGUUAGGGCAGUGUCAACCUUGAUGGAGUCUCCAUUUGAGGAGUUCCUCGAUAGACUUGACCUUCCAGUCAGUGCUAUCGUAGCUGAUACCAACUUGGUUUGGGCUGUUGGCGUCGGUCACCGGAGGAAUAUUCCGGUGGCUUCUCUUUGGCCUAAGUCCGGUUCUGUGUAUUCGGUACUCCAUCAUUUUGAUCUCCUCGUACAAAACGGUCAUUUCCCAGUCGACCUCUCAGAGCGGGGGCACGAAAUUGUAGACUACAUCCCGGGAAUGUCUGCAAGUCGUUUGGGAGAUAUCCAAGGCGGAAUUCUUACUAGUGAGAUCCAUAGAAACUUCCAAAGAGGUGCAGUGUCAAGUGUGUCCAAAGCCCAGUUUCUUCUCUGUAGUUCAGUCUACGAGCUCGAACCCCAAGUGUUCGACGAUUUGAAGGCCAAAUACCCCUUCCCCAUCUACCCCGUUGGACCUACUAUUCCUUAUUUCUUACUAGACCAGACUCAUACAUCUAGCGAAAUCAAAACCACGACUAAUUAUCCUGACUACUUCAAGUGGCUAAACUCUCAACCCGAGAGGUCUGUGCUGUACAUCUCAUUUGGGAGUUUUCUCUCAGUCUCAGGUGCCCAGUUGGAUGAGUUUGUGGCUGGGGUGCGUGGUAGUGGCACGAGGUACUUGUGGGUGGCACGUGGGGACGAUGCAUCUAAGGUGAAAGAGGGCUGUGGUGAUAAUGGGUUUGUAGUUGGUUGGUGUGACCAAUUGAAGGUGUUGUGUCAUCCUUCUAUUGGUGGGUUUUGGACUCAUUGUGGAUGGAGUUCAACAUUGGAAGCCGUUUUUGCUGGGGUUCCCAUGUUGACGUACCCUAUACUUUCGGACCAAAUGCCUAACAGUAAACAAAUAGUCGAUGAUUGGAAAAUUGGGUACAGAGUGAAGAAAAUUGGGAGUGAUCAAAGUUUGGUGACAAGAGAUGAAAUCUCAAAGCUUGUGAUGAGGUUUAUGGAUGCGGAAUGCCUUGAGGGAGAAUUUAUGAGGGAAAGAUGCAAGGAACUCAAAAAGGCCAUUCGUCAAGCAACCCUCAAAGGUGGGUCAACUUGUACUAACCUUGAUGCUUUUAUCAACCAGAUUUCAAGUGAUGCACAUCAAGAUAUAAAGGAUUAUUCUCAGAUUAUUUCAAACGUUGCACAUCAAGAUAUAAAGGAGUUUUCUCAGAUUUCAACCGUUUGAUUUGUAAGUAUUUUAUUUGUGUUUAAGAGAGCGAAAUAUUGAGGUAAAGGAAGUGAGGUUAUAUAUAAUAAGGCUCAAGUGAGUGUUUAAUUAUGUUUUGUUGUAGUAGUUUUCAUUGCUCUGUCUAGGGCCAACAAUUACUGAAUGAUUUCUUAGUGUCUGUAUGUUUAGAUGUCAUGUUUUAAUAAUUAUGUAUUUGGACGAAUCAGUAAAAUUAUUGGUGGAGUAUUAUUAUUA